UGACCUUUAAGCCUGCAAAAUUGCCAUUUUAAGUUUCUAAAAAUCAAAGCAACAAAUUCUGUUGAAUAGGGUAUUAAGUAUGUUAUCUUGCGAAAUGUUCUAGAGCUUUUGGUGCACGGAUAGAUUUAAAAUCAAUUAGAAGUCUUUGUUUGGUACACACUUGCCUAGAAAAUACAUAUCUGAACUAUUGGGUAGUCAUGCAAGGGAGUGCCAAUUUUAACCAAUAAGAGUGAUAUUCCACUCCCAUGUGCAGGGUAGUCUUACAAAAAUUUCGACAAAUCGACAAUGAAGCAGUGAAAGAUUGUCUGAUUUUCUGCGUUGGAGACACAUCUCCUUUUUAAACAGCGGAGAAGUUAUGGACCCAGAGCCCUCCCGUUGGCAAAUAGAGACAAGACUUAGGCCUGAGGAUGAGGGCUCAAAAUUGGCAGGUGAAGCAGGUUCUAGUGCUGAGCCACAUAAAACUAAAAGUGGAAUCAGGGCCUACAGAGUGCAAGCAACCAGACUUGAGUUAGAAGGGGCUGCUAUGUGGACUGACCAGGAAGAAGAUAUAGAUGUGGUGUCUCUGGAUGCAGUGGGACCUCCAUUACAUGGAGCUUGGGCAGCUCAUUCAGAUUCCCCAUGUUCCAAUGCAGCAACAGUAGGAGAAGACACCCUUUCAGCUUACAGUAAUCACACUGGGAGCAGUGGACGUACCACUGACCUGCCACCGCCACCAGAGUUUAUAUGUACAGAUGGAGGCUUUGGUAACUAUGAGACAGAGGCUGGACUUGAAAGCCAUCUGCCUCCUCAUCCUUUUACCAUGGUGAAUCCUAAUGAUAUUCUAAGCAGUAGGAGAGAGAGGAGAGGACAAGUUCUUGGGCAUAGAGUGUCUAGAAACUCUUCAAAUUCUGAGACUGUUGAAUCAGGAAGGAGCCCACCUGUAGAAAGGAGAAGUGACCAUGACUAUGAUUACACAUUUUCCUGGGAUGACGGUCUCCCUACUUUGAACAACAAUAGUAAGUUCAGGUUUGACCGACCACCAUUAGACUUUGCUCAGAGCACUGGAGGCCAAAGUUCAAGUCGAUGGAAUGAGAAAUACCCUCAGAGUUGCCUUGAUGAGGCCAGCAUGUAUAGGUAUGGCAGUAGCUUGCAACGAAAGAGACGUAAUUCUAGCACUGGUACUGCGGAAGAACAGACUAAGAAAUUCCCAGUGUCUGGUUUCAUGAUGCGUGAUAAUUGGACAGGUGGCAUGGGUGCCUCUCACCGUAGCACUGAUGAGUCGGGCCCAAGUACUUCAACUCACAGGUCCCCAGACUCUUUAACCCCUGUGCAAUCUAGAAAUAACAUAGACAUGAUGUCUGAAUCGGAAGACAGUGAUUUAGAUGUGGAUGUUCUUGGACCUUCCCCUCGAGAGCAGAGAAGUAUCGAUGCCAGUUUUAAUACUUACUACCCUCAUGCUGAUGCAGCAUUGGAAAUGGAAGCAACAGAAGUCUUGGCCAACAUUGGGAAAUAUAUAAGAAAAAAUCAGAAAAAUAAAUCUAGACAAUCUCUCAAACCAGGCCAGGAUCAUAAUUAUUCUCAGCAAAGAAUGGAUGCAAUGGCGGAUUAUUUUGCUGCCCAGGCUAACACAACAAACUUACCUUCAACUUCACAAGAUGGGGAUGUCCAUCGUAUGUUUGAUACUAACAGUGAAUCUGGACUUAGAGAGAGGGAGGAGGCUAUAGAUGUUGAGUGCAAUGAUGUGGAAGUGCUGUCUUGCCUCAGAGACACUGAUAAUGCCUUAGGUACAUUACCAGGGGCAGCACCACAGUAUAGGGGACCCCCGAGAACAAAUCGUGGGCAUGCUCUAGGACAUUCCAUUGCCAGAAUUAUGGAGCGUGGGAACCCUAGGAGGGACUGCUCUGGGACGAGCUAUAUUAAAAGGGAGACAGAUGAUAUACAGAUUACCUCAGAUUCUGAUAGUGAUGUGGAAGUUGUGGACAUAAAAAUGUCCACACCUAAAAGAGAGAGCAAGACCAACAACAGGGCAGCCACAGUGGUGGUUGAUCUGACGGAGUCUGAUGAUGAACUCAGUGAGCCUAGCAGCAGCAGCAGUGCUAGUGGACGGUGUCUACCACCCCCAUACCAGCAACAACAACAACAACAACAGCAGAUAAGUCCACCACCACCAACAGCAACAGCAGCACCCCAGCAGGCAGCAGCUCAAAGCACUAGCAGUAGUAGCAGCAGUGCAUCCCAGUCAUCAUCCUCAGGAGCACCUGCUUUAAGUGGACAACCAUCUGUCCCCAUUGCCAGCAGAGCCAGCCCAGUUAACCCAUUUCGCUUGCGCCACCAGGGAGGGGAGUAUCACCACCACCAUCACCACCACAAUCCCAGGAGGGUUGAUCACCACCAUCACCAGUAUCCUCAGCCCCCACCAGCUCACCUGCAGAGUUGUCGCUAUGAGCACUGUGCAGAGACAGGGGAGGCAUGUAAUUGGCUGGAGUCAGGGGGAGCCACACAGAGACCACCAUGUGUCCUGCAGAACCAACAUGCUCACAGAUAUAAUCAAAACUUUGGACACAAUGCUCAGGCUUGCUUAGACUGCCCCAUAACUGGUCGUUACCAUCACCAUCCCCCUCCACGUGCUCACCACCACCCUCACUUCCACCCCCUUCACCCUCAAUGUUUCACUCCCUUCAGUGCACCCCAACCCUCAGCCACCCCUCAGCCCCCACCCACCCUGGUGGCACCCACCCCCUUACACCAGCGCUCCCUCCUGGAGCAACAUGCACAGCGGAUACGACAGAUGCAGUCUGGCAGCCACUUGUUUUAUAUGAGUAACAAUCAACAAGAUGCUAGCAGCAACAAUAACAGCACAAACCCCAUACCUCAGUAUUUACCAGAGAAUCCAGCUGCAGACCCAGGUGUUCCUGCUGGAGUGCCUUCCAGGCCACCCCCUCCUUACCCCUACCCCCCAGGCUACCAGUCGCCUACCACCCAGCCUCUAGACUACUCUCAGGGCAGAGUGCCCUUGCCUAUGGCUGAGGUGGUGAUCAGGACAUCACCCAUGGACAACAAUGGAGCUAAUGGUGGUGCCACUGUCCAGGGGCAGCACCAGCACCUUCACCACCACCUGCAUCACUAUCACCAUGGACCUCCCAGGCUGCACCACAUCAGUGUCGCCCCUGGGAUGCACAUUAGCAUAGGGGCUCCCAUGUACCCACCCUUGCCUGACCAGUUCUAUCAGUUUUUCCCUCCAAGAUCUGUGCAAGUAUCCAUGAACAGAUACAGAUUUGAGGACCUGAUCCACCUGGAUGACAGGAAUGGCCCUAUACCUCGUGGAGCCUCCAGGAUGGUGAUAGAACGGAACACGUUCCCCCACAAGUAUCACCGAGUGAAGAGGUGUGAGGAGGACUCUGGGGACGAUAGCAACCACAUGGAGAAGUGUACCAUAUGCCUCAGUGAGCUGGAAGAGGAUGAGGAUGUCAGGCGUCUUCCCUGUAUGCACCUGUUCCACAUAGAGUGCGUGGAUCAGUGGCUGGUCACCAACAAGAGGUGCCCAAUAUGCAGAGUGGACAUUGAAGCAGGGUCUAAAGAUGAGCUGGAGGUUUUGGAGUGAAAUGGGCGUUUAUGCCUCCUUGACAUUCUAAAAGGAUAUUAGAAGAAAUGGAUUAGUAUAAAGAUAAAGAGCAUUGACCAUGUAGCAAUUGCUUUCAUUCCCAGUACUUAUUGUAAACUGGGAUAUAGAUAUUUUGACAGUUCACCCUGCCUCAGCUGAUACUAAGGCUUACACUGCAGCAGUAAAAUUAAAUAUUCAGUUAACCCCCAGCCCACUCCUAGUUUAUUCUGCAUUUGUGGUUCAUUCAGGAGACCUUUGAGUGCUUGGGGUACUCCCCAGUCUACUUUCCAUGACAGAAAAUUCAGGGAGUAUAAAUCCAUGGGAAAAGACAUUUGAUUAAAGAUCAGUGACAAAUUAAAUAGCAUGUAUGAUAGAUACAGAUGUACAGGUUUUAUACAUUGUAAACAUUUGAUACUCAUUGUGAAAAAAUGUGUUUGUGGACGGUAGUCUUAAGUGCACAAGUUCUGGGUCAAACAUAUCAUGCUGUAGAUAAUCAGUGGUAGGAACAAUAAUCAUGACUGUGCUUAGCUGUAAUGGCUCCCAUUUAUGCUCUCAUUGAUGCUAUAUGUAAGUUCUUCACUGUUGUAAUUGUAUGUGCUAUAUUAGUUUAAAAGUGGAAAGGAGCUGUAGAUACUGUGAUGUAAAAGGACUUGUAAAGACAGGCUUCUGUAGAAAUAGAUGUCUAAUUGUGGAUUGUAAUUAUUAUGCCAUUGAUGUUGGAAUUAUUGAGUUGAAUGCCAUUUUAUACAGGACCAAUGAACCAGCGCACGCGUUCGAAAUAUAAUUAUGGCUGACCUAUAUAAGGUGUAAUGCACCCUUGAGCCUAUCAGAAAUUUCUCUUUAUCUGGUUUCCAGGAAACUGGUGUCUUCUUAACUAUAUAAAACAGAUAUUACUUAAGUAUAAAACUUGCAUGUUUCUAACUUUAGACUAGUUAAGUUUUUUUUUUCUCCUAGUAAUUUAAUAUAACUUGCGUUUUCAAAACGUGUCCAAAGUUGAGGGUGUCAGUUGGGAUCAGCAAAAGUAUCUUGCUGCUCGACUUCCAAAUAUAGUUAAAAUGAAGACCACUGGUCUUCAUUAUUUAUCAUCAUAUUUAAAAAAUCUAAGAUUUUUAGUAUAUAUCGUUAGUAAAUUGAUUUGAACAGUGUGAGCUUCAUUUAUUUACUUACAAUUUUGGAAUUUAGAAUAUUUCUUUAGAAACGAGUGAUUAUACCAAACUUUGUGAUAUUUUAGUCGAAUGGCUAGGACAUGUACCUCAUGUUUUUCACUGAACAGGAAUGAUAUAAUCUCAGUUAAUACAUCUGCUUUUGUGGCAUAAGUAUAAUAAUUAAUAUGUGUGAAAGCUUUGGCAAUACAGACUACAAUGCUAGCAUGUAGUAAAAUAUGCACAUACAGGUAGGAGUUUAUUCCUCAUGUAUUAGUUAAAAAGACUGGCUUAUGAUCAUUUUGCCUUGUGUUGUAAAAUUUGAGUUCACAUCAUUAGUGAUAGGUUUCAUAGCAUUUCAUAUGUUUGGUUAUGUUUUGUUUUAUAUAUAUAUAUAUCUGAUAUCUUUCAAGUUGCUGUACAGAAACUGCUCCAUUAGUAAAGUAAUACAUUUUAUAAUGAACAGGAUGUGGUACGUUGUAAUGUCAGUAAUUUUUUUUUCCAAAUGCCUCUCUUUCUUGUCAAUUCUUUUUGGAAUGUUUAUGCAAGAUGGGUUUGGAUUCCAUCCCCUAUCCACAUCUGAUCUCAUAUAUAUAAUAUAUUAGAUCAGCAUAAGGAAAUGGUACUUUUUUUUCAGAUUACUCAAUUAGAAUCUUUUGCACUGUAUAUUGAGAUGUAUGUAUGUAAUUGUAAAGCCAUACAGCAUCUUCAUGUACCUCCUUUGGCAUAUUGGUCUAGAUAUAAUAAUUCUGAUGACACCUUGAAAUGUUUUAAAAAAAGAACAAUUGAAUGUACAUUUUGGCCUGUAAAUUUCUUCAUGGUGUUAAUCUGCACAGGGAAGAGUAUGUGUCUAUUUACAACUGAAUUUAAAAAACUUGUAUUGUCAAGCUGCAGUAAACUUGGUGAAUUGUGUGGCAUUUCUACGCUAUUCAUUUGUUAAAUCUGGGUAAAUUUAACUAAAAGUUCGGUAGUCGGUGUGUGAAAAUGUCCAAAGCACCGGUUGUUUCUGUAGUUCUAAAAGUCGUGCCACUUUCAGGAAUUGAGGUGGUAGAAUUUUUUUUUAUCUCUUUGGAAUCGAGGUUGUUUAUGAAGUUCAUAGGUCAUAGUGAGUCUAUUGUCAAGUCUGUGCAAUGUACUUGCUCUCGUUUUCUGUUAUUAUUUGGCAAAGUAUGUUAAAUAAAACGUAUUGAUAAAUUGA